AUGGCACAUACAGGCUGGUCCAAUUUCGUUAACCCCUGGCCUACCGAACUCAAACACGUAGUGGAAAAGUCUUGGCGACAAUCUAGCAUCAAAACAUACCGACCAGCUUGGGAAAAGUGCGUCGCAUGGGCCUUAAAAGAAGAUGUCUCUGUGAAAGAACCAAAAGCAACAGACUUAGCACGUUAUCUCGGAUUCCUACAUACCAAGAUGAAGCUGGCGCCGAACACCAUAGCACUACAUAAAUCAGUAGUAUGCACUUUUACGAAUCCAGAUGCUACCGCAUGGAUCGGCUCGCACCCUCUGGUCAAACACAUGCUGAAAGGCAUCAGUUUGGAAGGGCGGAAACGUCCUAGUAGACUUACCUGGAACGUAAACGAAUUUAUUAAGUGGUUAAAGUGCUACAAAUUAAAUGAGGAUAGCAUCUUUCAAGUCAGCAGACAUCGAGCUAUCCUGUUACUUCUAGGUCGAAGAAUCCACGAUCUAACUUUAUUAAAUAUAAGCGAAGAGUUCUUUGAAAUAACAGAUAAAAGUAUUAAAUUAUGGCCUAAAUUUGGCUCAAAAACAGAUUCCUGUACAUACAUACAAUCAGGUUGGAAAAUAACAAUGAACUCAGUCAAAAACUUAGACCUCGUUACCUGGACUAGACGCCUACAGGAAAUAUCAGAACCAAGACGAAGAAACAAAGGUAUUACAAAUUUGUUUAUAACAACCCGCGGUAAAGUCGCCCCAGCUUCAAGAUCAGUGAUAGCCGGAUGGACACUUACACUGUUCAUAGAAGCUAACAUAAAUGCCUCUCCAGGUAGCUGCAGAUCAGCCGUUGCUACCGGUAAUUGGUUACGCGGAUAUACAAACAUGGAAGAAAUUAUGAAAAAGGGUAAUUGGCAAACUGCAAAAACAUUCUUCAAUCAUUAUCUCAAACCAAUCAACCCUAAAGUAACAAAUACAAUCAGUAAUAACCUUUCAGAUAAUUUUGCGUUAAUCGACUGA